CCCGGGCCCAAGGGGGGUGCAGCCCGUGCGGCUGCACAGGGCCCCCAAAAUUCUGGGGCCCAAAAAUUUCUAGUAGCCCAUUAAGUAGUAUAACUACUUAUCUCCUUUCUACAGGCCCAAACGUGCAAAUGAUCAAAGUAAACCACUAAAGCCCAUGACCAGGUGUCCAGGCCUGCCUAGUGCCCACGACUGCCCACGAGGCCAUGACCGCCUGUUCAUUGGCUCGUCUGAUCGUCUCCUUUGCUGCUGUGUGCCGAUUCAUCUUCAACCGCCGACUGCAGACUCGCCGUCCUUCCUGGGCCCUUCGCCGAGCCGCUGCCCUGCCGAGGCAGACCGCCCACAGGCGGUCAGGCGCCAGGCGUCACUGCCGACUCCCGGGCGAGUGGGCGACGCUGCGACGGUCAGAGCCGCAGGGCAGGGUGUAGGCCGAUCGAUCAGGCCAGAGGCCAUCACGGAAUCACGCAAUCGGCUAAGGGAAACUGGUUUCUUAGAGGCAUUGGAGGUUGCCAAAGGAAUUGCACUUGACAUGGAUAUUGGUACAACAUUUCGCAAGAAACGAGAAAUUAAAAGAAAGAGACAGUUUGAUGAGAACCCUGAUGACACAAAUGCUUCAACUCAAUCUCCAGAGGAAUCAUUUAGAAUCAGCUAUUUUCUAUCUAUUGUUGAUCAAGCUAUUUCUUCACUUACAACGAGAUUUGAGCAGUAUCAAGGUUACCAAAAGAAUUUUGGCUUCUUAUUUACUUCUGAUGAAUUACAGUCAUUGGAUAAUCAGAGUCUGAAAUCUUCUUGUGAAAAUCUUGAGGCUGCCCUUUCAAAAGAUGGAAAAUCAGAUAUUGAUGCUAAUGAUCUAUAUGUCGAAUUGAAAUUUCUUCAAGAUUUCAUUCCAAAAGAAAAUAUGGACCCUGUUGAGAUAUUAAAGUUUCUGAAGCACCAUGAUUGUUUUCCCAAAUGCAACUAUCCCAUAUAGAGUUCUAUUGACUAUUCCUGUGACUGUUGCCUCAGCAGAACGAAGCUUUUCUAAAUUGAAGCUACUAAAGUCCUACUUGUGUUCUACACUGACCCAAGAAAGACUUAAUGAUUUGGCCAUGAUAGCACUUGAGAGUGACAUAUUGGAGAAGAUUGAUUAUAAGUCUAUCAUUGAAGAUUUCAUAUCAAGAAACCCGACAAGAAUGAGGUUGUUUCAGUAAAAACUAUAAAACUAAGAAUAAAUAGGGCCCCAUUUUUUGCCGGCACGGCCCUGU